UCACAACCUAUAUGAAGAUGCAGGUUUUUACAUAUUGUUACGUUUUGAGUUGUGUGUAUGUUGCAUUCGGCCAAAUAACUUGGCACAAGCUGAGCACAAGCGAGUAUUAUAUACAGAAUGGUAGUACCGUUAACCAUCAAGCUGCAGUUGAUUCUUGUGCUUCAUUGAAUGCUACACUAGCUCGAGUUAAAACAACACAAGUGCAACAAUUCCUCGUAAGCAUCAUUACCGGUACGAAAAACUAUUACAUCGGGUUAAACCGAAUCAACCUGGGCAAAACCGGAUUCCAAUGGAAUGAUGGAACGAAUGUGACGUCAGGUGAAGCGCAAUGGAAUGUUGAUGAACCGAACAACCUCGGCAAUAACGAAGCUUGUGUUCAAAUGCGUGGGGUAAAUGACAACAACCACGGUUGGAAUGAUGUGCCUUGUAACACUCCCUGUAACUACAUAUGCGAGCGACAUAAAGACAUCACAAUUAACGGGUCUUCCGUGCAGUUUGUUUACUCCAGCAAAAGUCACACGGUUUUAGAAAUUGUGUACAGAAUGUGUUUAAGUGCCGCCCCGUACAAAGUAGAAGCAAGUGCUCGUAUGUUGGAUGAAAGUUUACCCCAUCGUUUCAACGUCAUCCCCAUCGAUAUUCGGUCUUAUUCAUUCUUAGCAAGGUUGGAAAGGAUCGACUUAAACAGCGGGUGGUCCACAUCCGAGAUCAACAUAUCCUGGAUAGCUUACUUCAAUACACCAGUGCAUAUAUAUUGAAUAACGUUAAUUUUUGAAUAUAGUAGGGUGGGGAAUAUGGGACACUUUUUCAAUCUAUUUUCUCGUCCCAUUUAGUAGUAAACAAAGAACAUUCAAAGAAUUAUAAAACCGUAUCCUCACGACUCUACAUGUCGUUGUUAAUUGCUUAAAACACGAUCUAGCUGUUUGGAUAUUGUGUCCCGUUCCCCUACCAUAUGAUAUAUAUAACCAAACUAUUAAUUACAUUGGGAACUAAUUUUCAUAAAGUGUUGCAUUUCUUGUAUGUUUUAUAUGUCUUGUAAUUAUUAAUGGCUGUCUGCAUUUGACAAGAUUCAUU